UUUUCCUGACUCUGUAAACACCAUCUAGUCAUCUACCACUCUCCGGCUCUCUACAAGAACCCUCUAUCUCUCUCUAGCUCGCAAGAAAGUACUGAAACUCUCUCUCUCUCUCUCUCUCAACGCAGCCGGGCUUGCUCUCUGAAAUUAGUUCAGUUCCUCUCUGUUUCUACACGCAUUUUGGGAAGGAAAAUUUCAAGAACGAAACAGAGCACUCUUUAUAUUCAAGCUGGCGAUCGAGAAUCAAGAAACUACUGUCCGGGAAAUCAAGCCCAAGAACAGGAGAAUCAUGGGUGCUGGAGGCCCUGAUGACGACGACAACAGGUGGCCGCCAUGGCUGAAGCCUCUGCUCAGUGAGAAUUUUUUUAUUCAAUGCAAGUUACACGCAGAUUCCCACAAGAGUGAAUGCAAUAUGUACUGUUUGGAUUGCAAGAACGGCGCUCUCUGCUCUCUGUGCCUCGCUCAUCACAAGGACCACCGGGCUAUUCAGAUAAGGAGGUCCUCAUACCAUGAUGUGAUAAGGGUAUCUGAGAUUCAGAAAGUUUUGGACAUAACCGGAGUUCAGACCUACAUUAUCAACAGCGCCAGGGUCGUCUUCUUGAACGAGCGCCCCCAGCCUAGGCCGGGUAAGGGCGUCACCAACACCUGCGAGGUCUGUGAGCGCAGCCUCCUCGACUCCUUCCGCUUCUGCUCUCUCGGUUGCAAGAUUGUUGGGACGUCAAAGAAUUUCCAAAAGAAGAAGCACUCGGGGGCGAUGGCUUCGGACUCAGAGGACUCGUACAGCAGCAGCAGCAGCCAUGGCCUGGGGAAGAGCAAGAUCCAGAGCUUCACUCCCUCGACCCCGCCCCCAACUUCCGUCAACUACCGGACUGCGAAGAGAAGGAAGGGAAUCCCACACCGUUCUCCAAUGGGCGGAGUACUCAUGGGGUAUUAGGUCACUACACUGGCAUAAUUAUUCUGGUGCCCCACCACAUUAGAGAAAUUACAAAGGUAGCUGCCAAAGUAUGGAUGUCCUCCGUCCAAUGCCCAGUGCUUUUUUAAUUACCCCCUCCUUGAAAAGGCCGGUGUUGGACGCAGUAGUACUGUACGUCCUCUGUACAUAGAAGCAAAAAUACAAGAACUGAACAAAGUUGGGGAAAUGUGGAAAAAUAAGAAAAAUGUGAACGGGUUGGAUGGUGAAUUUAGAAUAAUAGUUAAUAGUAAUAAUAAUAAAUAAUUGUAGCUGCUUCUUAGAGUGAUUAUACAUAAGUUUCGGGGUUUUGUUCAAA